AUGACAGUGGAGCGUCAUAACGGAAUUAUAGAAUCACCUAGAGACUCUAAAGAGACAUUGAUAGUUAUCUCUGGUUCGCAAUCUCUACUGGUGAAAUACGAGACUCGACAUAACCAUGAUGUCUACUAUGUUAACAAUGUCCUGAUAUUGGGCAGUUUAGUGAAAGGAUUCAUCCAGAAACAGAUCCAGCCUAUAAUGAUAGUGAUAUAUGACGAUCUAAGAUCUUUUUUAGGGGCGUUGAAAGUAUUGUAUAACUUGAACCAAACGAACUCAGUUCAAUUUGAACACACUUUCAGCGAAUGUGAUUCUCCGAUUCAAUUUAAAACAUAUUUCAUGAUCCCCUCCAAACUUAUAACGGCAGAUAUUCUAUCUAGUCAAAGCAUAUCUGCUCAACUGUUUGCCAGAGCCCUUUCGCUUAAACAUGGUGCGACUGUCGUUUCGCAUACCAACGACUUGGACUGGGUGUUUGAGUUGAUCAUCAACAAUGAUAAUAACACCUUCGACUUGCUACGGCCCAAACCUGUGGCGGAGGAAAAAAACAACUUGAUUCUAUAUAUUCCCAAGGGCUGGGAUUCAUGGUCAAAGAUCAGUCUCUUGGCCAAAGUGUCACUAGGCCAUGGCUCCUCCAUACCACAAUUGGCAAACGAUAAAGAAUACACGGACUUCAUCCAUGCUUAUGAACAAUAUCUUCGGAAUGACGACAUGUGGAUGCUGCUACAAGAGAAUAGUAAGAGCACAGCAUCUGCUUCAAAUAUGAAAUCUCCCCAUAAACCUUCAAUUACGUUGACGGAGUAUUUGAACAACUACAAGGUCGUUCAUUCUACAUAA